ACGUCUCCAUUCUUCUCAUUUUUGUGGCCCUAAACUCUAAACCACCAAUUUUGUUCCCUUGUUCACUCAUCUGAAGAUUUUAUUGGUGCCAUGCAUUGUCAAAACUUCAACACGUACAGAUAUAAAUAUAACUCAUUUAAUUAAUUAAAGUUAACUAGUAUCCUAGUUAUGUAUCUUUGAGCCACAAAACACACACAACACAGCAACAACAAUCAUGGCUUCUACUUUGUGCAAUUCUCUUAACCCAUCAACAACAGCUUUCUCAAGAACCCAUUUCUCAGUUCCUUUGAAUAAAGAGCUUACACUUGAUGCUUCUUCACCUUUGGUUAGCAAUAACUGUGGCCUGGGAUGCAGAACAAGGAAGCAGAGGAAGAAAGUGAUGCAUGUGAAAGGUGCAGUGGUAGAGGCUCCUCCUGAUGUUUCCCCUUCACCACAAGGUGGGAGUGGAACCCCUUUGAAGAAGCAGCUUCGGAUACUUGUGGCUGGUGGAGGGAUUGGAGGGUUGGUUUUUGCUUUGGCUGCAAAGAGAAAAGGGUUUGAGGUAGUGGUGUUUGAGAAGGAUUUGAGUGCUAUAAGAGGAGAGGGACAGUACAGAGGUCCAAUUCAGAUUCAGAGCAAUGCUUUGGCUGCUUUAGAAGCUAUAGAUUCAGAGGUUGCUGAGGAAGUUAUGAGAGUUGGUUGCAUCACGGGUGAUAGAAUCAAUGGACUUGUUGAUGGGGUUUCUGGUUCUUGGUACGUCAAGUUUGAUACAUUCACUCCUGCAGUGGAACGAGGACUUCCAGUCACCAGAGUUAUUAGUCGAAUGGUUUUACAAGAGAUCCUUGCUCGCGCAGUUGGGGAAGAUGUCAUUAUGAAUGCCAGUAAUGUUGUUAAUUUUGUGGAUGAUGGAAACAAGGUAACAGUAGAGCUUGAGAAUGGUCAGAAAUUUGAAGGAGAUAUGUUGGUUGGAGCGGAUGGUAUAUGGUCCAAGGUGAGGAAGCAGUUAUUUGGGCCCACAGAAGCUGUUUACUCUGGCUAUACUUGUUAUACUGGCAUUGCAGAUUUUGUGCCUGCUGACAUUGAAACUGUUGGAUACCGAGUAUUCUUGGGACACAAACAAUACUUUGUAUCUUCAGAUGUCGGUGCCGGAAAGAUGCAAUGGUAUGCAUUUCACAAAGAACCUCCUGGUGGUGUUGAUGCCCCCAACGGAAAAAAGGAAAGGCUACUUAGGAUAUUUGAGGGCUGGUGUGAUAAUGCUGUUGAUCUGAUACUUGCCACAGAUGAAGAGGCAAUUCUGCGUAGAGACAUAUAUGACAGAAUACCAACAUUGACAUGGGGAAAGGGUCGUGUGACUUUGCUUGGUGAUUCCAUCCACGCCAUGCAGCCAAAUAUGGGCCAAGGAGGGUGCAUGGCUAUUGAGGACAGCUAUCAACUUGCAUGGGAGUUAGACAAUGCAUGGGAACAAAGUAUUAAAUCAAGGAGUCCAAUUGAUGUUGAUUCUUCCCUAAGGAGCUAUGAGAGAGAAAGAAGGCUACGAGUUGCCAUUAUUCAUGGAAUGGCUAGAAUGGCAGCUCUCAUGGCUUCCACUUACAAGGCAUAUCUAGGUGUUGGUCUUGGCCCUUUAGAGUUUUUGACUAAGUUUCGCAUACCACAUCCCGGAAGAGUUGGAGGAAGGUUUUUUGUUGACAUAAUGAUGCCUUCUAUGUUGAGUUGGGUCUUAGGUGGCAAUAGCUCCAAACUUGAGGGUAGACCACUAAGUUGCAGACUUACAGACAAAGCAAAUGAUCAGUUACGCAUAUGGUUUGAAGAUGAUGAAGCACUUGAGCGUGCUAUUAAUGGAGAGUGGAAUUUAUUACCACAUGGAGAUGGAACAAAUCUUUCAAAGCCUAUAUCUUUAAGUCGAAAUGACAUGAGACCCUGCAUAAUUGGGAGUGAACCACUGCAAGAUCAUGAAGGCGAUUCAAUUACAAUACCUUCACCCCAGGUUUCUCCAAGGCAUGCUCGAAUUAACUAUAAGGAUGGUGCCUUCUUCUUGACUGAUUUGCGGAGUCAGCAUGGCACAUGGAUCAUUGAUAUCAUUCUCAUCAUGUUUUCAGUAAUGAAGGCAAGCAGUAUCGGGUACCUCCUAAUUAUCCUGCUCGCAUCCGCCCAUCUGAUGUUAUUCAGAUUGGUUCUGAGAAGGUUUCAUUUCGUGUUAAGGUGACAAGAUCUGUUCCAAGUGACUUAGAGAAGGAAAGGACACGAACUUUGCAGGAAGUAUGACUGUUUCUGUCUAGUUACAUUUUGCAAGACAUGGAAAAGUUGCACAACAAAAAUUUGAAGUUGUAGAGUAAUAUCUGCAAUAUUUUAGGAUGGGGUAUCAUACAACAGUCCAGUCAUUUAGGAUCUGAUCACGUUACAUGCCUAUGUGGACUUUUUGAGGGAUUCUUCGGUAUAAAAAUUGUUGCCCCACUACAAUACUUGUAAUGGCAUUUGGUAGAGUUGGAUAUAUUAGGAGUCAUUAGAAUUUAUUUAAUUUCCCAUGUUUAAAAGUCUCUUCUCAACUUUAAAAUACAUUAUUUUAUACGAUAUUUACACUAAUAUAGAUGUGUAGUUAACAUUGCCUUCU